AUGGAGCUAGAUAGAAUUCUCCUAUGCAAAAUUGCAAGCAAAGGGUGGAGCUUUAAUGCAGAGAGUACAAGUUUUCUUAACCAAGCAAUGAGCGUUUCUAUAAUCAAAAACGAUAGCAAUACAUUUAGAAAAGUAAGUCUUCAAUAUAUUUUCCCUCUUAUUGGCUACUGUAAAUUUAUUGAAAAUCUAACUCUUUUCUAA